AUGGGUUCGGUGUUGCCCGCUGAAGCUUUGGUACUAAAGUCUGGAUUUAAACAGCAGAGUCUAUCUCUGUCUGAAAUCAUUACCUCAGACAUUCUCCACAGCUUCCUCUACGGUCGGUGGAGGAACGUAUUGGGGGAGCAUCUCUUCGAGGAAAAGGCCAAUAGCGUCAGUCCGAAAACCGCCUUCACUGCAGAGGUCCUCGCGCAGUCCUUCUCUGGAGAAGUUCAGAAGCUCUCGAGCCUGGUGCUGCCGAGUGAAGUUAUCAUCGCCCAGAGCUCCAUCCCCGGGGAGGGACUCGGGAUUUUCUCCAAAACGUGGAUCAAGGCUGGCACGGAGAUGGGUCCAUUCACGGGCAGAGUAAUCUCACCGGAGCACGUGGACCUCUUCAAAAACAACAAUCUCAUGUGGGAGGUGUUUAACGAGGACGGGACCGUGCGCUACUUCAUCGAUGCCAGUCAGGAAGAUCAUCGCAGCUGGAUGACUUACAUCAAGUGCGCGCGCAAUGAGCAAGAGCAGAACCUAGAGGUUGUGCAGAUCGGCAGCAGUAUCUUCUACAAGGCUGUGGAGACUAUUCCCCCUGACCAGGAGCUACUGGUGUGGUACGGAAACUCCCAUAAUACCUUCCUUGGGAUUCCAGGGGUCCCUGGUACAGAGGAAGAGCAGCAGAAAAAAAAAACCGAGCAAUGCAUUGACAAGUACACCUCCUCUCCCCGCGCAGACGAAUUCCACCUGUGCGACGGGUCGUCGUCCUCGUCGUCCUCGUCCUCCUCGUCCGCCAGCCGCAUGCGCUGCGUGAUCUGCCACCGCGGCUUCAACUCGCGCAGCAACCUGCGCUCCCACAUGCGCAUCCACACGCUGGACAAGCCCUUCGUCUGCCGCUUCUGCAACCGCCGCUUCAGCCAGUCGUCCACGCUGCGCAACCACGUGCGGCUGCACACGGGCGAGCGGCCCUACAAGUGCCACGUGUGCCAGAGCGCGUACUCCCAGCUGGCCGGGCUGCGGGCGCACCAGAAGAGCGCCCGGCACCGGCCCAGCGGCGGCGUUGCCGUGGCGGCCCUGCAGACGCACUCGCCGCCCCCCCCUCAGAUGACCCCCGUGCCGCACCCCGCCUCCCUGGUGCACCACAUUCCCACCAUGGUGCUGUGA